AGGUACCCCCAGAUGGGCUUUUUGUAUCACAUGAUGGAGAAGGCAAAGGCUCAGAUCAUGGAGGCAGAUGUAGCCCAUGCCCAGGAGUACAUCGACAUCAUUGAGCAUCGGUGGGGAGCCCAAAUGGGUAGGGAAUUGCAUCUAGCAGCAUACUAUCUGAAUCUCCGGUUUCAGUACGAGAGUGGAAUUGGUAUGGAUGAUGAACUUCUUCAUGCUCUGCGUAAUGUUAUUUAUAAGAUGGAGCCUGAUCCAGAAGUCGCCGCGUCAUGUAUAGAAGAGACCAAAUUAUUUAGAGAGGGCAGCCAUAGCUUUGGACAGCGACCAGCUGUCGUGAGCAAGACAACUAUGAAUCUAUGUACAAUACAAAUCUGCAAGACACCUCUGCAUCUGAAUUAUCUUCAAAUAUGAGGCCAUCAUAUAUGUAAAAUGUAAUUAUCUUCAAUAUUUUUGCAGCUGAAUGGUGGAUUCAUUUU